AUGACCACAUUCGGUGAGACGCUUUCUACUCUCCAUCUCUUCACUGCCCCUGAUCCUUAUCAUACCAUACCAUGCUGUCUCACUAUUCGUUGUGUUCGAAUGCUCUUCCACGGUGUAAAUUCGUGCUCAUCUGCUUGCGAGUAUUGUAGUACGAAUGAUGAUGUUGUUGACUGCAAAGGAAUUAUGACUUUGGGAGUCAUUGGUCUCGGCAAUAUGAGAUGUUUGGCCACCAGAGCUGCUUUAGCUUGUUACUUUGAUAUAUAUCUCUACAUCUAA